CCGGGAAAAAGUGAUAGUUAAAGCUGAAGCAGCCAAUAUCUCAGCUGUCUAUCACUGAGUCAAACAACAUUUCGUGUCAUCUACAUACUCUUUAUCUCUGUCGCUUGUCAUCAUAUUUUUCGAUCUCACCAACCUCCUUAUCUUUUCCUCAGUAGCGAAAACUCUCCUCACAGCUUCUCCAACAUGGAGAGCUUCGAUAACAUCUACCUCGACCUCUCGAAACAACCGGGGAAGUGCAAGCUCGCGGAGAGCGGCUUGGGAUGGAAGCCGUCGGGCGGCGGCGAGACGUUUACUCUCGAUAGCAGCAAUGUCGGCGCCGCUCAAUGGAGCCGAGCUUCCAAGGGUUUCGAGCUGAAGAUCCUUUCGCGCUCUUCGGGCGUCAUCCAGCUGGACGGAUUUGAUCAAGAGGACUUCGAGCGAUUGACCAAGGCGUUCAAAAUCUGGUACGGCAUCAACAUCGAAAGCAGAGAACAUGCCCUCCGCGGCUGGAACUGGGGUAAGGCCGAUUUCGCAAAGGCCGAGCUCAGCUUCAACGUCCAAAACCGCCCCGCCUUCGAAAUCCCCUACUCCGAGAUCUCCAACACCAACCUGGCGGGUAAGAAUGAGGUCGCCGUCGAGUUUUCCCUCCCGGCCGAGAACGAACCCAAGUCGCAGCCGGCGGGGAGCACGAAAAACAGGGGUCGCAAGGCGGCGGCCGGGCCGGAUGAGUUGGUCGAAAUGCGGUUCUACAUCCCUGGUACGGUCGUGAAGACGGAGAAGGGCAUUAAGGAGGAGAACGGCGAGGAGAAGCCUGAGGGUGAAGAAGGGGAGGAGGAGGAGCAGGAAGGCGAGGAGCAGAACGCUGCUAAUCUCUUCUACGAGAUGCUGAUGGAGAAGGCUGAGAUUGGAGACGUGGCUGGUGAUACGUUUGCCACUUUCUUGGAUGUUCUCCAUCUUACUCCCAGAGGUCGUUUCGACAUCGAUAUGUACGAGGCGUCGUUCCGGUUACGUGGAAAAACAUACGACUACAAGAUUCAAUACGCUUCGAUCAAGAAGUUCUUCUUGCUUCCUAAGAAUGACGACACGCAUACGCUCAUUGUUUUGGGUCUUGAUCCUCCGUUGCGCCAGGGACAGACCCGGUAUCCGUUCCUGGUCAUGCAGCUGAAAUUGGACGAGGAAAUCAGCUUGGAGUUGAACAUGACAGAUGAGUUGUUGGAGACGCGCUACAAGGACAAGUUGGAGUCUCGCUACGAGGAGCCCAUCCACCAGGUCGUUACGAAGAUCUUCCGCGGCCUAUCAGGCAAGAAGGUUAUCAUGCCAUCGAAGGACUUUGUCAGCCACCACGGCCACAGCGGUGUCAAGUGUUCCAUCAAGGCCAACGAGGGUCUGUUGUACUUCUUGGAUAAGAGCUUGAUCUUCGUUCCCAAGCCUGCCACGUACAUCCAGAUUGAGAACAUUGCCGUCAUCACCAUGUCUCGUGUUGGCGGUGCCGUGUCGGCCAGCCGAACGUUCGACAUCACGGUCACCUUGAAGGCCGGCGCCGGUGCGCAUCAGUUCAGUAACAUUAACCGUGAGGAGCAACAACCCCUUGAAGAGUUCUUCAAGGCGAAGAACAUCCGAUUCAAGAACGAGAUGACCGAAGAUACCUCGGCGAUCUUGAAGGCGGCUCUGAACAACGAAGACAUGGGAUCCAGCGAGGACGAGGGUGUCCGACCCGACCGUGGCUCAGCCGACGAAGACGAGGAAUCCGUGGACGAGGACUUCCAGGCGGACACCGAGUCGGACGUUGCGGAGGAGUUCGACUCCGAGCACGAAAGCAGCGGAAGCGACGCCGAGAUGGAAUAUGGCUCGGGCGGCGGCGGCGACGAUGACGGAGAUGUCGACAUGGACGACGCAGAGGAGUCGCGACCAAAGAAGAAGUCGAAGGUUGGGAAAUAAAAACCCCUCUAUUUUGGCGGGAACUAGGCCCCCUAUAUUGUUCUACAGCAACUACCCUGUGAUGACGGUCGUAUAAUGAAAUGGUUCCAAUC